AUCUUUCCUCCUCCAUUUCUCUUCCCUAGCAUCAUCUUCCCUACAACCUAUCAUCCUAAUCAAUAUGAAGUUCUCUCAAGCCUCUCUCCUGGCAGCUUGUCUGCCCGCCAUCUCCGCUCGGUUCAUCGAAACCGCCGAGGCCGAUAACGUCAUUCUCAAGCCUGACGAGCUCUACCUCAUCGAGACCGCGCCCGGCAAGACCCAAUGGGUUACUGAGGAUCAGAAGUGGGAGCUGCGUCGCAAUGGCCAGCGCUUCAUGGACAUCACCGAUACCCCAUCGCUCGGUUCCACGCGCCUCAACGCCCAGACCGUCUCCUUCCCCAAGAAGUGUGUCAAGCAGGAUGAGGUUGCCGACCUUUCCAAGAACCUCGAGAAGAAGAACAUGAAGGCCAAUCUCGAAAAGUUGACCAGCUUCCACACCCGAUACUACAAGUCCAAUUACGGUCUCGAGUCCUCUGAUUGGGUUCUUGAGAAGGUGAACCAGAUCAUCAAGGACGCUGGCGCUCAGGAUACCGUCUAUGCCGAAAGCUUCCCCCACACCUGGCAGCAGCACUCGGUUAUCGCCACCAUCCCCGGCCAGUCUAACAGCACCGUUGUUAUCGGUGCCCACCAGGAUUCCAUCAACCUGUUCCUGCCAUCCAUCCUAGCCGCUCCUGGCGCCGAUGACGAUGGUAGCGGUACUGUCACCAUCAUGGAGGUGUUCCGUGCUCUCCUCAACUCCAAGGAUGUUGUUGACGGCAAGGCCCCCAACACCAUCGAGUUCCACUGGUACUCUGCCGAGGAGGGUGGAUUGCUCGGUAGCCAGGCCAUCUUCCAGUCAUACGAGCAGAGCGGCCGCGAUAUCAAGGCUAUGCUGCAGCAGGACAUGACUGGUUAUGUCCAGAAGACCCUUGACGCUGGUCAGCCCGAGAGCGUUGGUGUUAUCACCGACUUUGUCGACCCUGGCCUGACUACCUUUAUCAAGACCGUCGUUGAGGAGUACUGCAACAUUCCCUGGGUUGAGACCAAGUGUGGCUAUGCUUGCUCUGACCAUGCUUCUGCCUCCAAGGCCGGUUAUCCCUCCGCUUUCGUCAUCGAGUCCGCCUUUGAGUACUCCGACCCUCAUAUCCACACCACCGACGACAACAUCAAGUACCUUUCUUUCGACCAUAUGCUUGAGCAUGCUCGCAUGACUCUUGGUCUGGUCUAUGAGCUUGGCUUCUACGAUUUCUCUGACAGCUCCGAGGAUCGGGGUGAUCUCUAG